GCCGGGAGUGGUGCGCUGGGAAGGGGUCUCGUGGUGGCGGCGCUGCAACACGCACCAGUCAACACAACACAGGGAUACGGGGCAGGAUGGCGUGCUUCGGGGAAGAUCUUUUUGACUUCGUGGAGGAGGAGGGCGUGCAGCGGGUGGAGGCCCUGCCAGACAUCGAGCUGGUGGACGAGGAGGAGAAUGAGAAAGCAGCUGAGGAACUCAACCAGUUAUUAGGAAAGAGAAUUGCUGAAGAUGACAAGAAGAUUAAGGGAGUAUCCAAGAAGCGUCGCUCUCAAGUGGAGACAACACAGUCUGAGCUUAGAUUAAUAGAAGAUUUGCCAAGAAUAGCUGUACAUAUUAUAGAGACCUUCGAAGCAUGUACACAUGAAGUGGCUGUACCCCCUGGAGAAAUGUAUAUUCCACUUCAACCUGCCAAAGAAAAACCAGCAAAGUUAUAUUCAUUUAUACUGGACCCUUUCCAGAAAGAAGCCAUAUUAUGUAUUGAUAAUAAUCAGUCGGUAUUGGUUUCCGCUCACACAUCGGCUGGUAAAACAGUCGUUGCCGAGUAUGCGGUUGCCAUGUGUUUACAGAACAAGCAGAGAGUCAUAUAUACAACUCCCAUUAAGGCUUUGAGUAAUCAGAAAUACAGAGAUUUUAGCGAUGAAUUCACUGAUGUGGGUCUGUUGACCGGUGAUGUGACUAUCAAUCCAAAUGCCUCUUGUCUCAUCAUGACCACAGAAAUUUUACGGUCCAUGCUGUAUCGAGGCUCCGAGGUGACGAGAGAAGCUGGUUGGGUUAUCUUUGACGAGAUUCACUACAUGAGAGACAAGGAGAGAGGAUACGUGUGGGAAGAGACCAUUAUCCUUCUACCACCAACGGUCAAAUUUGUCUUUCUCUCUGCAACUAUUCCUAAUGCAAGCCAGUUUGCCCAGUGGGUUUGUUACCUUCACCAUCAGCCAUGCCAUGUGGUGUACACAGACUACCGUCCGACUCCUCUCCAACACUAUAUCUUCCCUGCUGGGGGCGAAGGAAUCUAUCUCUCUGUUGAUGAAACUGGCAAGUUCAGAGAAGAUAAUUUUAAUACAGCAAUGACAAUUUUGCAAAAUGCACCAGAACAGGCCCAUUUAAAAGGCAAGAAAGGUGGAGUGAAGGAUGGUUCCGAUUGCUAUAAACUUGUGAAGAUGAUAAUGGAGCGCAACUUUGCACCGGUCAUCAUCUUCAGUUUCUCCAAAAAGGAAUGUGAGGCCUAUGCUCUCCAGGUGUCCAAGUUGGAUUUCAAUUUAGCCGAGGAAAAACAGUUGGUGGAUGAAGUGUUCAGCAAUGCUAUUUCGGUCCUUUCUGAGGAGGACAGACAAUUACCGCAGGUGGUUUCAGUUCUGCCUCUACUACGACGAGGCAUAGGCAUUCAUCAUGGAGGUUUGUUGCCCAUUAUCAAGGAGACGAUAGAGAUCUUGUUCGGAGAGGGUUUAGUGAAGGCCCUUUUUGCGACUGAAACAUUUGCCAUGGGUCUUAAUAUGCCUGCCAGAACUGUGCUCUUCACUAAUGUUCGUAAAUUUGAUGGACAAGACUUUCGAUGGUUGACAUCAGGAGAAUACAUCCAGAUGUCUGGGCGUGCAGGUCGACGAGGGAAAGAUGACAAAGGUGUCGUUAUAAUGAUGGUGGAUGAGAAGCUUAACACCUCAGUUGUGAAGAACUUGGUGCAGGGCAAUGCUGAUCCCAUCAACUCUGCAUUCCACCUGACGUACAACAUGGUGCUGAAUUUGUUGCGUGUGGAGCAGAUAAACCCGGAAUAUAUCUUGGAGAGAUCAUUCUUCCAAUUCCAAAAUUACUCAUCCAUUCCAGCACUUUGUGACCGUGUGAGGACUUGUGAAACGGAGUUGGAAACAAUGAAUGUGCCACGAGAGACUGAAGUGGAAAGUUACUACAAGAUUAAGCAGACUAUACACAACCUCAAGAACGAGCGCCAUGCCUUCAUCACUCGACCCAUAUACAUCAUGCCAUUCCUACAACCGGGGAGACUGGUCUAUAUUAAGAAUAAUGAUGAUGACUUCGGCUGGGGGGUGGUGCUGAGCUACAAAAAACAGGAGGACAAGAAGAAUCCCAUGGAGGCUCCGACAAUAACUGUUGACGUGAUAUUGCGUGUAUCAGAGGCAACGGCUGCUUCAAAGGUGACUUCAGAUUUAAAACCUCCUAAGCCAGGUGAGAAGAGUGAGCCAGUGGUGAUGUCAGUGAUGUUGAAGCUGAUUCAGGAAGUGUCUGCAGUUAGGCUGAAGCUGCCGAGUGACCUCAAGCCCCUUGACCAGCGUGUUAUGGUCAUGAAGAUGGUGCAGGAAGCCUUGAAGAGGGUUCCAGAGAACCAAUUUCUACUCGACCCAGUGAAGAACAUGAAGAUAAAAGAUGAAACACUCUUGGAGAUUGUGAACAAGCUUGAGAAGUUUAGCGUUCGUCUUGAGUCACACAGGUUACACAAAGAGCCCGACCGAGAUGAGUUGUACGAAAAGUUCUCAAAGAAAAUGGAGAUGAAAAAGGAAUUAAACAAUGCUGAGGUAGACCUAAAGAGAGCAAAGAGUCUCUUGCAAAUGGAUGAACUGAAGUGCAGAAAACGUGUUCUACGUCGCUUGGGUUAUGCCACCUCCCAGGAUGUGAUCGAGCGUAAGGGCAGAGUAGCUUGUGAACUGUCAGCCGCAGAUGAACUCCUCAUAACAGAGAUGCUCUUCAAUGGCCUCUUCAACAAUAUAACGGCUGCUCAGACAUGUGCCUUACUCAGCACAUUUGUCUGUGAUGAAAAGAGUUCUGAAAUGCCCAAACUUGGAGAAGAGUUGUCGGGACCAUUAAGACAGAUGCAGGACAUGGCUCGUAGAAUUGCCCGUGUCAGUCAUGAAUGCAAAUUGGAGAUUGAUGAAGAAAACUAUGUUGAGCAGUUUAGACCUUUCCUGAUGGAUGUUGUAUAUGACUGGUGCAAUGGUUCUUCGUUUAUGGAACUUUGCACCAAAACAGAGAUCUAUGAAGGAAGCAUUAUUCGAGCUAUGCGUCGUCUGGAGGAGCUCCUACGCCAGAUGAUCCAGGCUGCCAAAGCCAUUGGCAUUGACUUGGAAAAUAAGUUCUCUGAAGGAGUCAAGCUAUUAAAGAGAGAUAUUGUAUUUGCAGCAAGUCUCUACUUGUAGGAAAAUGACAAGAAAGGUAUUUUGUAAUGUGUGUAAAUGAAGACUGAAAGAGGGAGUGUUAGUGUUCAUUUUUUGUCUGCAUUAUGAGUCUUUUAAUGGCACUGUAAUUUUACAAACAUGACUUAUUUUAUCCAAGAUUUUUUUAUUUAACUUCCUUUUUAAGGUUGAUGGAAAAAAUUAACAAAGCAAUACUAAAAUGGGAAAUUACACUGAUCAAUGAGGGAAUACAUGUACAAUAUUGUGCUUUGAUAUAAGACUGUAUUUGCAGCAAGUCUCUACUUAUAGAAAAAUGACAAGGUAUUUUGUAAUGUGUAAUUUAUAAUCUAAACCCUUGAUUCUUUUUAAUGGUGAGGAAAUUUUCUAGGUUUUGUAUGUUUUCCAUAAGUUUUCUAUUCAUAGUCAUAGUUUCUACAUAGUCAUUAAUGAGACGGUAAAUAAUGGCACAAGAUAAAAAGGUUUUGAUAUGGAUAAAGAAUUGUAUUACUGAGUUGCACGAGUUGAUACAAAGCAUUCAGUAGUGUUUGACAGUGGAUUAAUUUUCCUGCCAUCUAAGAAUACUGUAGUUAAGGAAAUGAUUGAUGUAACAAUUCGGUUGGGCAAAGUGAACAAUAUAACACGGGUCCUGGGGGCCAAAUGUUGUGCCCUUACUGUAUAAUGCAGUGCUCAUAAAUUUAUGGUGUACAUAGAUUUUAGCUCCUUGAUUAAUAUUGUACAGAGAUAUGAACAAUUUUAUUUUAAAGUAUUGGCACGACACUUUUCUAUUAAUCUUCAUUGAGAGUGUCUAUGAACCUCUCUGGUUGAAAGGGUGAAUUCUUUAGUUACUUGCAGUUUCAUCAUUUAGUGCUAUAAAGCAUAACGGUAAUGUACUAAAUAAUAUACUAUAGUCAGAAUUUGUAAUACAAUACACUAAUGUAAGUACAUAUCCCCAUUAGUCAUGUUGUCAAAGUGUACGAGAGACUGCCAUUAAACACUAUUUGAUCAGUUCGUGUUAGUUUGUUAAUUAUGUUUUAACAAUUUCUUAUUCAAUCAGCAAAUUGGCCUGGCA